UAUUGAAUAUCUAAAAUAUAAAAUUGCACUACUGUACGUAAGAGGAUUCGCGCGAUGGCGGGUGUUAUAACUCGAUGUACUCAGAUUCCAAAGAAUCAAUUAAGUCUACUUGGUGUUGUUUUGAAUAACCAGCAGAUAAAAAACUUCGCAGAUGCUGCACCGGAGGGCAAGAAAUUUGGAGGGCCGCUGAAUGAUCAGGACAGGAUAUUUACAAAUUUAUAUGGUCGGCAUGACUGGAGAUUGAAGGGAUCACUUAGAAGAGGGGACUGGUACAAAACGAAAGAAAUUAUUGGCAAAGGAUCAGAUUGGAUUAUAAAUGAGAUAAAAGUAUCUGGGUUAAGAGGCCGUGGAGGUGCUGGAUUUCCUUCGGGAAUGAAGUGGUCUUUUAUGAACAAGCCUUCAGAUGGUAGACCUAAAUAUCUGGUGGUAAAUGCUGAUGAAGGCGAACCGGGAACAUGCAAAGAUCGAGAAAUUAUGCGACAUGACCCUCAUAAAUUGGUAGAGGGUUGUCUGAUUGCUGGACGCGCAAUGGGAGCUUGUGCUGCGUAUAUUUAUAUUAGGGGAGAAUUUUAUAAUGAAGCUUCUAACAUGCAAGUGGCUAUUGCCGAAGCUUAUCAAGCGGGAUUGAUAGGAAAGAAUGCGUGUGGUUCUGGAUACGAUUUUGAUAUUUUUGUCCAGCGGGGAGCUGGUGCUUACAUUUGUGGUGAAGAAACUGCCUUGAUUGAGUCUCUGGAAGGCAAACAGGGUAAGCCGAGAUUGAAACCACCGUUCCCAGCUGAUGUUGGUCUUUUUGGAUGUCCUACCACUGUAACAAAUGUUGAAACCGUCGCUGUUGCACCGACCAUCUGUCGUCGUGGAGGUUCAUGGUUUGCUUCUUUUGGUCGAGCAAGAAACCACGGAACGAAACUGUUCAAUAUCUCCGGUCAUGUUAAUAAUCCUUGUACAGUAGAAGAAGAAAUGUCGAUACCUUUGAAGGAGUUAAUUGAAAGGCAUGCUGGAGGUGUUAUUGGCGGGUGGGAAAAUUUGUUGGGUGUUAUCCCAGGUGGAUCUUCAACUCCCAUCAUUCCGAAGAGUGUUUGUGAUACCGUUCUCAUGGACUUUGAUGACCUUGUCAGAGUGCAGAGUUCGUUUGGUACUGCAGCAGUUAUUGUUAUGAACAAACAAACUGAUGUAAUCAAAGCGAUUGCGAGACUUAUUAGCUUUUAUCAGCAUGAAUCUUGUGGUCAGUGUACUCCUUGUCGCGAGGGAAUCAGCUGGAUGAACAAAAUAAUACAUCGAUUUGUCCAAGGAAACGCGGAGGAACAUGAGAUCGAUAUGCUGUGGGAGCUCACGAAACAAAUUGAAUUACAUACCAUUUGCGCUCUAGCUGAUGGUGCAGCAUGGCCAGUACAAGGUCUCAUUCGACACUUCAGACCUGUAAUUGAAGAGAGAAUGAAAAAAUUUAAAGUAUCAGCUGCUAAUUAAAGUACUAAGUUAUGAAAUAAUUAAAGUGAAUCUCUAUUGAUAUUUAAAUGUAUAAAUUAUUUAUACUGAUUAUUUUUGUACUGAUUCUGUCAUUAUUAUUUUAUAGUAAAAUACAGUAACAGGAAGUACAAAUUGUUGGUAAGAAUUUAAAUUCUAAUCAAUUCUGUAUAAAAAUAAAAUAUUCUGAAAAUUUU